GACGAUCUGUUAUGCUUUGUUGCUUCUGUUUGGUCCGGUGAAGGAGAGGAAGAUGAGUAGCCGGGAUGUGAGCUUUAUCAGGAGCUGUCAACGGAAGUGGAGCAAUGGUGAGCUGCCGACGAAGGUGCAGGGAAAUCGGGUUGCUUUGUUGCUUCUGUUCAGCGGUGGAGAUGACUAGAUGAGGCGGUGACUGGUGGUGAGAUCUUGACGGAAGUGGUGCAGAGAUCAGGUUGCUUUGUCAGAGGUGAUGAGGCCGUGAUUGGUGUGGUGAGAUGCCGGUGGAGUCAUGGCACGGAGAUGGAGCAGGGAUGAAGGAGAGGGAUGGCCGGUGGAUGAUGUGUUUCUCCAACUUUCUAAUUCUAUUUUUUCCAUGUGUUUUUACAAAAUGUUACUUUUGAUUAGGAUCUUUAGAUUUAAUUUUAGUUUAAAUUUAAGAUUUUUUAAUAUAAUAUCAUUAAAAAA